CCAGGACAUUGGCAAACCCACUUGACCUUCGGGUAGACUUGCCUAUGCACCACUUCCUUGUUCAUGAGACAACCAUGUCGCCAUUCAUAGAGACCAUAUUCUGGGUCUCAGCUCUGUUUUUCUGCUACAAUCUCUCAGGUGUGUCCGGUUCUUGCUCAAACACAGUCACUAAUUAUGUGUUUGGAAAUGAAUCCACAUAUGAUAGAGAUUACAGCAGUAUCACGUCGGGUAAGAAACCACUUGGCUUCAGUACUGCACUAUGGCGCUACAAUACCGACACUAACCCCUGCGUGAAGGUGGCAGUUUCUUCUGGCCACAGGAUUGAAGUCAUGAUGGAUACUGAACCUCCUAACACGAGGAUAUGUGUAAAAGAGGGGACAAACAGCGUUUGCCAGUCGGGAAAAAUUUAUGACUGCCGGCCAACUCGAGGGAACACAAUGACAUUUGAAUUCUACUGUGAUGCUGAGUGUGCGGAGGCUGAUGUGAACUUUUGGUACAGGUUUACCUUGAGUAAACCCCCUGGAGAGCUUGAUCCAGAACUCUGGUGCGAUUCACGAGAUUCCAGCGCGUUUCCAGACUCAUUGAUCAAAAUACCCAUUCAGCCUCGGAAAACCACCCCGAAACCAGUUAGUGCUGCACCUUCCAGUCAGUGUUCAUGGCAUUCCAUCAUCUGUUUCAUUGUUCUGGUCAAUUCGUGGCUUUAUUUCGCCAAUUUGUCGUCAUAGGUGAUUGUAAAGGCAUUCGAACUAGUGGCUGGUUUCCACACGCAUAACGGAUGUUUCUUCAAAAGUCAGCAAAACAAACACUGGUACUGUUAUUUCUGUUCGAUUAUUUUUUUGUUGGACGACGAUAUUCCUCGCGGUCACAUCAGUAAAGGACAAUGUCGCACUCAUGAAAUUCGCGGAGGACAGUAGGAGACGACGGCGGGAGAAGACUUUCGUUCUUCGCACAUGUUCUUCGUCUUGCGUAAGGGGUACAAUCCCUCCCAAAUAACGGUGGUGUACAUGUUAUCGCCGCCGGCAAAGCGAAAUUCGCGACCUUCAAGCAUCGAAAAACAUCGGUGUCGGGUUGUUUAUGAUUACGAGAUAUGAGUCUGUGAUGUGUGAGUUUCACAAGCGGAUUGUUCUCUGUCAUUUCCGCCAGCAUCAGAUGGUUGCCGUACUUUCGGAUGCCCAGACAUCUGUGAGCGCACACUCAGCCAUUCUUUGAUAACGGACAAAUGUUAAUAAAUAUUGCUCAAUGUGACUAUCAACAUAACCGCAUGCAUUUCCCUGUUGUUGCAUAAUUUGGGUUGGUAGAAUAAUGUUAUAAUCAUUGUACAAAAUGAUGCUGUGAUAAAUUUUGAUAUAACUCCAUUGUAUUCAUGCAAGUUCUGAUGAAGACGAAAAUAAAUUUGUGUAUUAUAAUAUCUAGAACUA